UGGUCAACACGUACGAGAUUGACCGAGACUCAAAAUUGCUCCAAAAUGGCACCCUUUCCUGAGGAAGUUGAUGUUUUUACCAUUCCCCACUCUCGAAUGAAGCAGUUGGUGCAUAAGUAUUGCGAUAUGCUGUCAUCAGUGAAUUUCAGCUCUGAUUUCGACCUUGAAAUGCUUCUCCAGAACUUAUGCAACACCUUUGCCGAAUUCAAAGCCCACGAACAGAUAGAAAAUGAACUCAUUAUGAAACGCUUGAAACACAAACUGAAAGCCUUACAGAUCACAAACACUGCUGUCUGCAACUGCCACUCAGACAAUCGCUUGACAGAAAUGAUUGAGUUUUUCAAAAGUGGUCUCGAAAAGGUCACCAGUAAUCCAGCAGAUAGGAUUAAUUAUGGCAAGCAGCUACGUGAAACACUGGAGGAGUUUACUGAGCAAUUCCUACCUCAUAUGAAAGAGGAAGAAGAGGUGUUUCAACCACUUCUCAUCAAGUAUUUCCCAUACGAGGAGUUGAAGAUCAUCAAAGAAGCAGUGAUACAAAAACACAUUGAAAAACACCAGCGCCAGAAAUAUGACGACAGUGAGAAAGAGGUGUGUGAGGAGGAGAAAGACACACCAGAAGAAGAAAAAGAGAGUUCCAGAGAAAGGUCCCAGGUAGAGCUCCCCCCUGAGGUGUUGGUCAACAUUUUCUCUUACCUGAACCCCCGGGAUCUGGCCAGGUGUGCUCAGGUGUGCAAGACCUGGAAUACACUGACCAUGGAUGGACAGUUGUGGAAGGCAAUAUAUCCAGUGCAGUGGGCUCAAGGUAAUUGGAGCUUCAGUGCCCCUGACUUGGAGCAGGAGCCAGAGGAUUUCAGUGAAGACCGCUACGUAGUCAUUGAUGAUGAUGCUGACAUUGAUGAGACCUAUGACAGUGACAGUAGUCACAGCAGCAAUGAUAGUUACAAUGAGAACAUAAAGCAGCUGCGCCAAGAAGCUCGAGUCCUAGUCAGUAUCACAAAGAACUUGCUGCCAAAGGUGGGGAAGUCUGUUGAAACGCUGAGUGUUGCUCACAGCAAGGCUAUUACCAAUGGGCUGCUGAGUAAGAUGUUGAAGCACUGCCCCAAUGUGCAGCACCUGGAUGUCAAACAAACCAAUGUGUCUGACACUGCAUUUAAAAGACUGGGUAAGGACGGCUGUGGUAGCAAGCUGAAAACCCUGAUCUUGUCAGGCUGUGCAAACAUAACAGACUAUACACUAAUCAAGCUGUCUCAGGCUCUCAGCGGAGGGUUGGAGGCAGUAUGGACCGAGGAAUUCUGCUGCCAGAACAACAAAUCUGACGACAAAGACAUUUACCAAGAGAAAUACGACUGUCAUGCACAGGUACCUCCCCCUUGUGGUGAAUAUGAAGAUCACGCAGAAGUGCCCAGUAUGCAAGACGACGAUGAAAAGCUGUCCUGUGAUAGUAUAGAUGGCAGCACCACAGUGUUACCCCAUCAGUAUAUAGACUUCGAUUCAUUUGAAUCCCAGCUCCAAAGGACGUUUACAAUGCUGGAGCUGGGGGGUGUCCCCCAAGUGGAAGGUCAGGUGAUGUCCACGUGCCAGAACUGCCCCCACCAGACGGGAAAUGUCGGCAGCAUUGAGAACUGUUCCAGACUCCUGACAGAGGAGAGGCAGAUUGCGGUAGAGAAGCCGCAGUUUGAUGUGAUAGAUGUGAAAAAGACUCUGGAAUAUCUGGACUUAUCUGGUUGCUGCAUGGUCACUGAUGUUGGAUUGAGAGCUUUAGCCAGCAACCAUGGCCUUCCCCGCCUGCGACACCUUGACCUGUCCGGCUGCAGUAACCUGAGUGGUCAAGCCCUGACCAGUCUGGUGGACACCUGCCAUGCCCUGAAUGUGGAAGAGCUGUACUACUGCGAUAACCUGCUGGACGGCCCGUACCCUGAGGAGGCCAGUGGAUGCCAGAACCUGGAGUGUUCUAAUAGGUUCUGUUGUAGGAGUGGGAAGUAGACGUGGACAUGGUUGAAGAAGUUGAACCAGAUGUGAAGAUGAAAAAAGACAACAGUUGAGAUGAGGCUCCAUUGUUCCUAUCUAGAGACAGACAUGUCUUAAACACCUUGUACAGACAUAGAUUUGUAUGUCGGACUCUCUGGUUAGGUAGUUAACAAGGUAAAUCAAAACGUGUGUUCAUGUAUAUCUGAUAGGUAAAUGCAAUCAAUCCUUUAAUAUAUAUAUUUUUUGCCAUUUUGGCAUAAUUAGUAAAAAUUUUGAAGCAAAGAGUUUCAGAUUUCUCUUUAGGCAAUCAUUGCGAAUAAAGGGGACUCAUUGAUGGUUAUUUUUGACUUUUAUGCCAGUUCAACAAAACUUUGUAUAAUUUUAGCUGCUUGUCGAACAAAGAAAGUUUAAGUGAGAUCACUGGAUGCUUGUUUCAUAUUUGGCAUAAUUAAACAUAUAUUAAGUAUUCUUUUUAUUUGAUAUAGUUAUUUUGCAUUUAUGAAAUUUAUGCAGAUUAAUUGUUUUACUGGAUAAAGAUUGAUUUAUCAGGUGACUUGCUUCCAACUGAAUGCUAACAUAAUAAUUUCACUGUUAAAAGUGUACCUCAGAAUGAAGAAACUUUCAUUAGUUACACUUAACGCCUACGCUCCACAAGGGCCACAGAUUGAUUUUUCACUAGAUAAUUUUUCACUAGAUAUAUCUUCACAGAUAUGUCUCUGACGAAUUAUAUACGAUUUUCUGUCCUGCAAGAAUUUGUAUAUUUAGAAUCGACAUCAUCAAGAAAGUAUUGAAAACCUGAAAGAGUGAGUUUAAAGAACAAGACUUCUUUCUGGACUUGAAGCUUGUACUAGUCACUGGUUUUAUUGACAGAAUUGAAGACAAUAUCUAAAAUUCAUAAAUUUGAAAAGCUACACCUCUUUAGUAAAAGACUGCUUGAAAGUUAUUGCGAAGAAAAAUGUAGGAUGAGCGCCAUUCAUUUAAAGUUAAAUAUUAGUAGUUUGUAAUUUCCUGCUACUGCCAGUAUUAAGAAUAUAAAGCAUAAUAGUAAUUUAUAGUGUGUUCCUCUGUUCAUUAAAUGUAAUUAUAUCAUUUAUUUUCCAUAAAAAAAGAAUGCAUAGAAACCAUAAUCAGGCAAUGUUUGCUGAUGAUUGAUCAUACUUUGGUUUAUUGUUUGUUCGGAUACAAUGUGAUUACAGCAUGAAUGUUAACAGAAGAAAAAACAGUUAUGAGUUGAACACAAGUGGAAAUGUGGAACCUGAUGAGAGAUAAUGAUCCUGGCAAAUGUAUUGAUUUGCUUGGUAUGAAAACACCUUCAAAUGACUGUCACCUUAUUAUUGAAGCAUGCUUCAUGCCAUGUAUCUGGGACAAGUUUCAGAGAAGGACUUGAUUACAAGGUUGGUCUUUACUCCAAGACUAUUUAUUUUAACCUAUGUUGGCUGAGGAAAGUCAUUAAAGGUGCAGCUAAAUCGGCAUAGAAGGACUGUUUCACGGAAAGUAAUACAUGUCUAAUGUCCAGGGUUCAUACAGCCUUGAAAAAAGUUUGAAUUAAGCCCCGGUCCUUUAAUUCAGUUUGUGGCCUUGAGAAGGACUUGUAUUCCAUCAUUUAUGUCCUUGAAAAGUACUUUAAUUCAAUCACUAAGCAAUUUGUCAAAACUUGUUCCAAGUCUUUGUCAUUUUUAUCUGAAUGUAGACAGUAUUUGGCAAAAGGGGAGAAUACUAGUACUCAUUUUGGACAACAUUUCAUUUUAUUCUUUUCAUGUUUCAUUAUUAAUGUGCUAUAAUGAAAAAAUUUUAUAAAAUAUUACUUUUUUCCUUGGUAUAUACAUAGGACAGUAAAUUGCCUUCCUUUGCCUUCCAAAAGUCCUUGAAAAGCACUCGUCUGAAUUUGUUCUUAGUAUUCCUGUAUGAACCCUGCAGUCUUAGACAUAUACGUACUAUUUAGCAGACCUCUAUAAAUAUAGCCUGGCUAGAAAUGCACCAGUUUCUCCAUCUUAGAGGAAAGACUGAUUUGGACUGACGUUCUUUCGUGAAAGGUCCCUAAUUUUACAUAUUCCGGCAGGUUUUCUAUAUGAAGAGUUGUGCAUUCUUGCUAAUAUUUCUCACUGCAUGUAGUGAAGUCUUAUUUGCUCUAAGUGAUGAAAUCUUCCAUGAUAUACAUAUUUAUCUUAUUAUACAACACACUGAAGUUGAUAUAUUCAUUGUAUGGCAGCAGGGCAUUAGGGUUUGAUAAUUGCGUAAGUGCUUUCUUUUUCAUCUUGAUGUCUUUUCUUCUUCAAGAGGUACUUAGAGAAUUGUCUACUUUUCUUGAUUUGUUUUUCACUUUCCCUGAAGAGAUCUUUGCAUUUAGAUUUUGUUCGGCUUGAUCGUAUUUUGUAUCCAGUGAAGGCUUGUUCUGAUCCCACAGUAGCUUGUUGGCAGGUUAUCAGACCAAUUUCUUUCUUUCUUUGUGCCCAGAUUACACAGGGGCAGUGACCCCUCUGCAUUUAAAUACCUGGUAUAUAAUUCCUUCAUUAGUGUGUCUUAUGAGUCCUGGUGUUUAGUCAGAUUUACUCUAUUUUUGAACAAACCUUUCAGCUGCAAUAAGACACUGCAGCAUUUUUCCUGAGAGUAGGAUUUUUUUUUUUUUUUUUUUUUUGUAUUCACAGGUCACAUGGCAAAGAGGGGUACUUAUAGUUAACUUUGUAGAGCAGUGCUGUGCAGAGCAUGGCUGACAAUUUUAAAGGUGGUUGAAUGCUGCAGUUGUCAACCUUGGAAAGCUUUAGCAGUUCUUAUGUACAUCAAAUAGUAUGAUAUAUAUAUAUAUAUAUAUAAUAUAUUUAUUAGAAUAGUUUUGUCCAGUGUCCAUUGCAUGUUGGGAAAGUUUUUUUUUCUGUAAAGCAAAAUGUGAGCAUUUGUGGAAGAGGAAUCACUUCUAGCUUCUUAUCAGUUUUAGAAGCUGCCAGAUAGAGGAAGUAAUUUGAUUAUGCUGUGUUCAUGGAUUUGAUUCUCUCAGUGUAUUUGUAAUCAGGACUUGUAGGACCUCUUACAUGGAACUAUUUCACUUUAGUCAUUGGCUCAUUAAGUAGAAAUUUGUGAUGGUGCCAAAGUGUGGCCAUUUACAGUAAUUACAUUUUUUUUUUUUGUCUUAAAUCUUUUGUGUUUAGUUGAGCUGCUUAAGACCAAUAUAUAUUGGUUUGAUCAAAAAAAAAUAGAGUGAUACAGUUUGGGUCAGAAGUUUAAAGAAAUUCCUAAUUGUUCUGGAAAAUGACUUUGUAUUUGUUCCUUUGUAUAUAUAAAAUUCAAAUCUUAAGAGAAAAUGUUGCUUUCGAAUGUUUAAAUUGUUAUUCAAAUAAAAGCAAAGAAAAAA